AUGCAGAAGGGAAGUUCACACCAGCUGUGCAGAACGCAGCCUGGUAUCAUGAUGCAGAGGCCUGUGUUUCCUAAACUGGGGGAGAAGAUCUGGAGCAGCAAGGUGAAGGACAAACGGCUGCAGGAUAAAAUCGCUAAAACCACGGGCCCCAGUAAACUUCUCCUUCAAGAUUUUUUUCCAGGUGGACCCUCCGUGGAGAUGGAGAUCGAACUCUAUGCAGAAGCGUUUGACAGGCAGAACAUUUCCUGUCUUUUAUCCUCCUCCUUUGCCCACUGUAUCAUGCCUCCCACAGAUGGAGAAAGCCUUUCUAAGCGUGACAGUGAAACACUGAACAUAAGGAGAAAGAUCUACGAAUUUGACAAGGUGAAAAAAAUGCAGAAAACAGGAGAGAACAUAGUCAUGUGUAGGCUCCUGAGUCACCACUGGGCUGAUUUCCGUUUCCCUGCACAUCUCUUGGUGUUUCUGGAUGCUGGCAUAUUGGGGGCUGGGGUGGAGAGGGUGGACUUUGCUUUCACUCCAACUCUCCCGAGCCUCCUUCAAUCUGGCCAAGGUACUAAAGAGGAUUCAGAGCAGUCGGGAGACACACUUCCAGAAGAAAAAACAACCAGCCAAGAGACCGUAUUAACUACCUUCACCACAGUGACCACAGACCUGUUAACUGAAGAGACAAACUCCACAUACCCGCCUGAUGCUGAAAAUCAGUUAGAGUUUCUAUUGAUGGUGUUGAUUCCCUUGAUUUUGUUGGUCCUUCUCCUUGUAUCUGUGGUCCUCCUUGCAAUGUAUUUUAAAAGGAAGAGAACAAAGCAAGAACCUUCCAGCCAAGGAUCUCAAAGUGCUUUGCAGACAUAUGAACUGGGAAGUGAAACCCUGAAAGUGCCUAUUUUUGAGGAGGAUACACCCUCGGUCAUGGAAAUUGAGAUGGAAGAGCUCGAUAAGUGGAUGCACACCAUGAAUAGAAGUGCUGACUGUGAAUAUUUACCUACUCUGAAGGAAGAAAAGGAAUCAAACCACAACCCCAGUGACCCUGAAUCCUAACACUGUGUGUGUUGCUGAUGUUUUCCAAAAGAAGCAACCCUGAGGGAGCCGCGGGGCUUGCCAACAGAGAAUGGAGGGGAUAUGAAUUUAAUUAAUUUCAAAUCAACAGAGACACAGAACCUUUCCCUGUUUCUUCCAACGCCCACGCCUGCCCCGAUGCCAUCACCUGUAUUUGGAAGAAUGAGCGAUUGAGAAGUACUUGGAAAGGCCUGGCAACCGGCCUAGACUCCCAAGGUGGAAAAGGAAUCAGGGGAGCCGCUGGCUGCUGACCAGUGGGGGUUCCCACCUCAACCAACUCACAUCUGACCUCACUCACUCUGGCCACCCGAAGUCCCCAGUCCCUUUCUGCUUGGUUCUCGGGAUUCACAUCAGGACACGGUUUCCCCUAUGGUCUCCUGGGUUAGUUCAUUACCUAACCCGCUUUGGGUGAUUUCCUCUCAUCACACAAGCCCUCUGAUGGCUCAGUUCCUUCAGCGGGAACGUUCCUGUAGGCUGGGAAAGUUACGGGAAAGACACUGAACAAAGCAAACAUUGCAAUGUCUAUACCAUC